CUUGCCUUGAGCAGCAAACCAAACUCAAUACCUGGGACACUAUGAGCUACUACGGCAGCUACUACGGAGGCCUGGGCUAUGGCUGUGGAGGCUUCGGUGGCCUGGGCUAUGGCUAUGGCUGUGGAUGUGGCAGCUUCCGCAGACGGGGCUAUGGCUAUGGCUGUGGCUAUGGAGGCUAUGGCUAUGGCUGUGGCUUUGGAGGCUAUGGAUAUGGCUCCUGCUACCCAUCAUACUAUGGAGGAUACGGAUUCUCUGGAUUCUAUUAAACUACUGCCCCAGCGACGCAGUGUUUCAAAUUACAAGAGGACAUUCCAAAGCUGACUUCAACCAUUGGACAACCAAGAUCAUGCUGGACCUAUUUGCACAAAAUAAUUUAACAUCUCAGAACUUCAGGCAAUUUUGCCAUUUACACUCAUAUCUCUAUCAUAAUCCUAGUAUCGUCUACUUUUGCUUUUAUAACUGGUUGAAGUAUCUAUCUUCCAAUAAAACAUUCUAAUUUGAAAACACAA